CUUUACAAAGAUGCGGAAUCUACUUGGUGUUGCUAAGUCAAGUUUAAGAGGGGAUGUUAGAAAUUAAACUUGGCUUAGCCCAAUAAUUGGGUCCAUUAGAAGUAAAUUUAUUGGGCUAGUAGUUGUAUGAGAAAUAAUAAAUUAGUUAGUAAAGAAAGGCAAUCCGGCGACCCCAAUACCGCCGGAAUCAACAGCACCUUUUGUGUGCCUAUUGCAACUGCCCACCCGUGAACUACCAUCACUACAGCGAAGGGUAUACAAGCCAGAGCUACCAACAACAGUGGGAUAAUCCUCAGACUACAUCCCCUGCUACACGUUUCACGAGGAAAGGAACAGCUUCCUCCCGAGCAGGUACAAGACUCUACCCAACCCAUCAUCACUGGCGUAGCUCCCCUACCUACAAAACUCGCAGGAAUGGAAAUAACGCAUCUAACACGAGGUAUUACACACCCACUCAAAACUUUUACGGUCCCUCAGCCUUAUCUCCUUUUGAAGAUAGACCAAGACUCGCCCUACAGGGCCAAACUCACUGGGACGGAAACGAAAUGCUCAAAGUCGUCAACAACCCCAUUCGGGGGAAGAAGAUGGCUGGCGCACCGUCACCUACAGGGGACGACGGCAUCCCCUUCAUCCCAAUCGCAGACUCCCCUCGCUCCAAAGGACAGACUAUGAAAUCAGCCGGACAGAGUGUAACAAUAAUCGCUACCACCGAUUACUAUUGGAAAACGAAAUCAAAUUCGAUUUUGAAUCUAACACCUCGCCCACGAUAAAUGAAACUCACAGACCUGUAGAAGACCACAGUCGAGUUGUGAGUAAAAUUAGGCAUCCAAAUCGGAGCCAAAUGAAAAGAUCAGACUACGGUGGCACAAGGCCGGCGACCACCGCGCGGUUGGCCGUCUCUUCAGGUCCAUCGGCUCCACUUUUAGACAGCCUGGCUCCAUUCAUCGACAGUCAGAAGGUUGAGGAGACACGCACAGCUGGUACCGCGAGGUUGGCCAUCUCUUCCUCUGGUCCCUCGGUUCCAGUCUUCGACAGUCAGGAGGCUGAGGAGACACGCAUAGCAGGUACCGGCCUUCUCACAUGGGCUGACCGAGUGAGGAUGGAUAAAGACAAACCAAACGACGUGUCUCUGCGCAGCCCUUUUAUUACUCAUCAGGACUCUUUAAUUAGUGAUAAGGCAACUAGUAUCAAGAAAACGGAAAUCAGGGAUCCCGUUGAACUAAUUCUCGCAUCGAUGGAUGGCACAUCCAAGGAAAGUGAAAUUUUUCACUUCUAUGGAGAGGAAGGCUAUGAAAUUGUCAUUUUUGAAAUUAAAAAAUCCUCGCUCCACAGGAUUAAUUUCAGAAUUGAACAAGCACCUGACAUCUACCAGUUUAUCAAUCACGGAUAAAAAAAUAUUAGGGAAAGCAGACAAUUUGAUUCUAUAACGGUCUCUUCAAAAUUCAACAAUUCUGGCCAGUAUUUGCAGAUUGCUAAGGACAAGGGGAGUUUCAUAAUAAUCCCGAUGGGGCCACAUAACUCCAAUUUAAAAGAUUUUUUGGCUAUAUUUUCCAAUUUUGUUGGACUACCUAUUUUAGUGCAGGAAACACCAAUAUCCAAGCUUAUUUUAGAUUCCCAAAUUCAAGGAGCUCACUCACACAAACAAGGGUCUCCAACUCCAGUGGAACGACAUGGCCUUGUUCAGGCUUAUUCAGACGCAUCAGACCACUUUUAUCAAUCAGACGACUCUAGCUACAUGUAUGAUUUUAUGGGACAUGCCACUGAAAGCGAUCGACGUCCCCCUAUAUCAACUCCAGAAGAAAUUAAGAAAUCAAAAUUCAACAGGGCGAUUUGCAGGAAAUCCAAGUUUGUUACCUCUGAAAAUUGUCUGCCAACAAAAAACUUAAACACGCAAGCCAAAAUUUACAGGAAAUCUCUAAAGAAUAAAAGGCGUCACAUCAUGACUACUAGGUCUCAGUCAAGAGAAUUUCCUUGGGUUGGGUUUAGUUUUUAUUUUCUUUGUUAUGCUUUAUUUUCUUCUUUUAUUUCCUAUUCGCAUUGUAAUGUUUACUUCUUCUCAAUAAAAUCUACUUUUCCCAAAA